UGAUAUAAAUAUUUACUUGUGUGUGCAUGUGUGUGUUCAGGACUGGUGACUUGUUCAGUCGUGCCCCAGAUCAGAGUACACCCAUCAUUCCUCUAAGCCACACCCCCAUCACUAAGCAACAGGUGAAGCGCCGAUACCGGCGUCAACGGAAGAGCGUUGGUUGCAUCGCAGAGUGUGUGGACCAAUCAAAGAGCACACACACCCAUAAUGACUCAUCUUCAGGAGACGAACACUACCACAGGGCAGCUCGAUCCUGGAGCCGCGAGAUAGCCCGGCGCGGGCGACGCCCACGCCUGCUCACGCACUCCCAUGAGGAUGAAACCCACAACCAGGACCACAAGAGGACCUCCUUAAGGUUAGAGGAGCUAAACAGCAAGUCAGCCAGUCAUCUCAGAGAGAGCGAGUGUGGUAUCGGAAAAGGUAGCCAGGAGGAGGAAGAGGAGGUGGAGGAGGAGGAGGAGGAGGAGCAGCCAAUCACAAAGACGUAUGAGGAGCAAGGAUCAGGGGACGCCGAUAUGUCCGCUCAGAAGUACGCUGAGGUGUCCAGUCAGAACGGGACACUACAGGAAACAUGCGCUGAUGAUGAGCCCGAAGUAUGCAGGAUCUGCCACAGUGAAGGUGACGAGGAGUGUCCUCUCAUCACGCCAUGCAGGUGCAUCGGGAGUCUACGCUUCGUUCAUCACGCCUGCCUGCACCAGUGGAUCAAAAGCUCAGACACGCGCUGCUGUGAACUGUGUAAAUACAACUUCGUCAUGGAGACGCACCUCAAGCCCUUGCGCAAGUGGGAGAACUUGCAUCUGUCUACAAAUGAGCGCAGGAGGAUCUUCUGCUCAGUGAUCUUUCACCUGGUGGCUGUGGCAUGUGUCACCUGGUCCCUUUAUAUCUUGGCUAUCAUGGACCAUGCUACUGAAGGAGUACAGCCAGGCAAAGAGCACAAUGGACCGCUGGAGUGGCUGUUCUGGACCAAGCUUGGCAUUGUGGCCCUCAGCGUGGUGUCAGGCCUCUUCUUCAUGUACAUCCAGUGCAAAGUUUACCUCAACCUGUGGAGGCGCCUGAAGGCUUUUAACCGCGUCAUCUUCGUGCACAACUGCCCAGAUUCGGUGUGUCACGGAGCUGAAAAGGCCACGCCCCCUCACGAGGUUCCCACCCACCAGACCCAAACAAACGUUCCCUGUCCUGCCCUGGAAGGAGGAAGUGCAGAGGCGGAACCUGUCUGAGGUUCUAUUCAGAUAGUGGUUCAAGGGAAAAGAACUGGAUACGAACACAACUAAGACUAUAUAAAAUCGGAUUAUUUCUAUGUCUAAUUGACCACUUUUACAUAUCAAGAACUAGGAUUCUGAAAAUCAGUAUUAAGUACAAAUACUGAACAAACUUAAAGCCACUGAUCAUCAUUAGAGGAAAAAGACCCUUUUGUUUGGUUGGUGCUCCAUGGACAUGUCUUAUAGAUGAGAUUUUCUUAACCAUGAUUAUAGUUUUCAGCGACAGACUUUUAUUCUUUAAAAAUUAUUUCAAAUCAAUUAAACUGGUGAAAAUAUAUAUAUAUAUUUUGGAAUGGUUUCAAUGCUAAUUUUUAUCUUUAGAUCCUUAUUACCGGUUCUGUUUUAUAGUAUAAUAUUAAAGAUGGCUGCUUAUGUCUAUUGUGAUGUUUUGAUGUUUCCACACGCUUGACUGGAUCAUCUCUUCAUGUAAAAAUCAUGACUGAAACAAGGGAUCUGUUGUCUUAACACUAAAGUCAAUUACUUGACUUGAUUGAAAUGAGGCAGUCCUGC